AGGAAAUUUGAUUGACAGUUGGAUUGUAGCGCUUGGCAACACUGGAAAUGCCAUGCUUGAGUCUGUCAGAAAUUUCUAACCUUCAAAACUUUCAUGGUUUAAACGUGUUUUGAAACUGACACAAUGACGACGAAAGAAGUAAAACUUGAUACACAAAAAACAAUAAUUAAAGGCAGACCGAAAUCUGGCAGGGUCUGGAAAUCCGAUCGAAAACGCUUUUCAUCAAUUGUGAAAACAAAAGGCAUUCGCAACUCAUUUGAGAAGAAAGAAGCACUUAGAAAACAACUGAAACUAGCCAAGGAUGCAUCUAGAGCGAUAAAAGAAGAAAAAGCUCAAGAAAAAGAAGCCAAAAAAGAACGACGAAGAGAAAAUUUGAGAAGACAAGAAGAAAACCUAAAGAGAUCAGAAAUUGUGCAAGUCAUAAAGAACACAAGCAAAAUUAAGAAAAUGAAGAAGAAACAUUUGAGGCAAAUUGAAAAGAGGGACACAAAUGAUAUGUAAGAUAGUUAUAUUUUCUUUAAAACAAUUAAAACAAUACAUUCUUUACUUUA